AUGUCAGCGCAUUCUGCAGCAAUUCCGCCUUCCAGUGCUUCUACCGGGUCCUUGAUCAUUCCAAACUGGCCGACUACAAAUGCAGGACUUGCGCUGAAGAAAAUUAACCAAGGUCUCCAGAUACUGGAGGGAACCGGAGACGCCUGGGUCCAUCAAAAAGAGCAUUUCGAUCGCAUUGUUCAAGACCUCAGAAGCCUCAUCAAAGACAAGGACGGCAUUUAUAAAUCUCUCUCAGACUCUCCUCUUCGCUCAGUAACAGACCCCAAGAAGAGGCGUAAUGCUGCAAAAUUCCAUACUGAUGUCGAUCAACUCUCCGCUACUGUAAAGAGGACGUCUGCCGAAGUAUUGACCGACGCAGACCGUGAGAUCGAGGAUGGCAUAAUCAAAGCCUCACUCAUUGAGAAACUUCGGUGGCUAAAAACUGGGGCCCUUCUCAAAAUGCUGCAAGAACUGCAGGUCUACAGUGAGGAAAAACUUCUCCAACUGCAGUCGUCUAUCUCUGCAUUGAGCUUGGAGAUGGAAUCUGACCCCACAGCCAUCGAUCGCACCAUUCCGCGCCCGUUCCCUCUCCAAUUCUCUUCUCACUCAAAUCCUGCUACCCUCGACGCUGUUGGAUCGACGCCGGCUCCCGGGCCUAGUUCCCCGUCCAAAUAUGCCCAGCGUGAGGCACAGCGCCGCGUCUUCCACGUCAGAAAUGCCUGUACCCCAACAACCUCAAUUGCCGACCCGCCACCACCGUAUUUUAACCCGGACUCUUCGCCUGACAACACAAAUGCGGGCCCAUAUGCAUUCCUUGCUCGUCCAACCUCCGAAAUGCGUCGUUGCGGCGGUCUCACAGAAGCCUCCGACAUCGCUUCCGACCGGAAUCCAAGGCAUGAGCUCAUUUUUGAAAUCGACUCCCUCAUUGAUUGGGAGUGGAUUUAG